AUGGUGGACGGCUCUAUAAUAACAUUAUGCACAGUCUUAGCACUAUAUGUAGUAGUCUCAUACAGAAAAUCUGAUGUAAAUUGGGGCUCGAUCACACAAGCCCAGACUUACAAUAACGCGCUGACCGCUGUACAGCAAUUGGAUCGGGUGGAAGAGCACGUGAAAAAUUACAGACCGCAACUCUUAGUUCUUACUGGCGCGCCUAACAUAAAAUCGUCGACUUCGCUCAUCAUAUUACUAAACAUCAGAGUUUAUUUAUUUGCGGCCAUAUUAUUGAGGUAUCGUCUAUUUCCAUUCCUAUCGACUUGAUUUGCCCAUUCGACAGAUAAUAUAUCUUGCAUUCGUGUGUCAUCAUACAAUACCAUAUAUCAUACAAGACGCGAAACAGUAUGUAAAAUAUUACAUG